CUCGACCCUCGCGGACGGGAAGAGCGCGCGCUGGGCCCCGGCGGCAUUAAACGGUCGCGGGUGCAGCGGGCUGUAGUCGUCCGCUCUGAGUCUCCGCUGCCGCUCCUGCUCCGUCAGCCGGUGGACCUUAGCGGCCACACCUCGCUCCUGACACAGUCUACCGUCAGGUCGUCGCAACUCCGCCACCAUGUUCGAGGCACGUCUGAUCCAGGGCUCCAUCCUGAAGAAGGUGCUGGAGGCUCUCAAGGACCUCAUCAACGAGGCCUGCUGGGACAUCAGCUCGGGCGGCGUGAACCUGCAGAGCAUGGACUCGUCGCACGUCUCCCUGGUGCAGCUCACCCUGCGCUCUGAGGGCUUCGACACCUACCGCUGCGACCGCAACCUGGCCAUGGGCGUGAACCUCACUAGCAUGUCCAAAAUACUAAAAUGUGCUGGUAAUGAAGACAUCAUUACAUUAAGGGCUGAAGAUAAUGCGGAUACCUUAGCGCUAGUAUUUGAAGCACCAAAUCAAGAGAAAGUUUCAGAUUAUGAAAUGAAGUUAAUGGACUUGGAUGUUGAGCAACUUGGAAUCCCAGAACAGGAGUACAGCUGUGUAGUGAAGAUGCCUUCGGGUGAAUUUGCACGCAUAUGCCGAGACCUUAGCCAUAUUGGAGAUGCUGUUGUAAUAUCCUGUGCAAAGGAUGGUGUGAAGUUUUCUGCAAGUGGAGAGCUUGGAAAUGGAAACAUCAAGUUGUCACAAACAAGUAAUGUUGAUAAAGAGGAGGAAGCUGUAACCAUAGAGAUGAAUGAGCCAGUUCAGCUGACUUUUGCACUGAGGUACCUGAACUUCUUCACAAAAGCCACUCCACUGUCUCCUACAGUAACACUCAGUAUGUCUGCAGAUGUACCCCUUGUUGUAGAAUAUAAAAUUGCCGACAUGGGACACUUAAAGUACUAUUUGGCUCCCAAGAUUGAAGAUGAAGAAGGCUCUUAGUUAGGCACUGCUAGACACUGAGAGAACUGCUUCUGAGAUGCCAGCAUGUCCUGAAGUCUUUUCUGUCACCAGCUUUGAACCUGAGUACAUAUGUAGAUAUCUGAUGUAAAUAACCUACUUUUUUCUUUGCAUUCUCCACAAUUUGCUUGAAUAAACUUCAAAGUAAAAACUG